AUGGAUCAAGUGUCUAGCUUUCUCGAGAACAUUCUAGCUUCAGAAACAACUGAACAAGAGUUGGAGGAUGUUAUUAACGAAGAGAUUGAUGUUGUACCUAAUAACGACUCCAAAAAGAGGAUGUCCAUAGCAUCGAAUCAAUCAACUAAUUCAAAUAAGUAUAAUAAUGAAGUGAUUAAUAUUAAGUCAAUUGAUCAUUCCAAUCCUAAAAAUUUGAAAGACAUAUCGUCAUUCUGGUAUCUUAACUCCAAUGAUGAGCCCAAGAAUUCAGUAAUGACCGAUAAAUUGAUGGAGAAGGUUAUAUCUAUGAUAAUACCGCUUACUACUGAAAAGGAUAAGGUUAUUGAUGAUCGAAUAAUAAUGCAGCAACAGAGACCCCCGUUGUCGAUUAAUAUAAUGUCGAGAAACUCAAUUCAGUUGAAUCAAAGACUCUCGGCCAUUUUCCAAUUCAUUGAUAAUGUUAUAAAGUUUAUAAGUUGGUAUAAUCCAUAUUUCACCAUUGGGAUUCUAUUGAUAAUAACUCAUUUGAUUUUGAAGCCUUAUUUAUUAAUAACUUUACCGAUUUUUUUAGUUAUGAAUAAUAUUUUAAUACCUAAUUAUUUGAAUUUAUAUCCUCCUGAUAAGUCAAUGAUUGAUAGUUCUUUCCAUCAGUCUAAUCCUCGUCCCUAUGAAGGUGGCUUCCCCUUGAACAAGUAUAAAAUUCCCAAACCAAUACCUGAAUUUUCAAGAGAGUUUGUCCUUAACUUAACUGAUUUACAAAAUCAUAUGAUUCUUUAUAUUAAGACUUACGAUUUUAUAAUUUGGUUAUUCACCGACUACUUGUUUUUCAAAGAUGAAAAUAUUACUUGUUUGAUUUAUUUGUCUUUGAUUUUUUUGUCACUUUAUUCAAUUUUCAUCUUACCAAGUAUAUUACCAGUGAUAAUUCAAUAUUUACCAAUAAAGUUCUUGUUGAUAGUUAAUCUAUGGGCAUUUGUUGGUAUAUGUCAUCCUUAUUUCCAUGAUUUCAUCCUUGAUUUCAUAUACGAUGAAAACACUAGAAUGAAAACUCUGGAAAUUGUUUGUAAAUUUGAAAAUUUUGGAUUAAAAUUCAUUAGUGACUAUGACCAAUUAGAAGAAACAAGAUGGGUUGAAAUAUUUGAAUUACAAAAAUUGAAUUCAAUUACUAAAAUAUGGGAAAAAGUUGGUUUUGUUAAUGAUUUUUAUACAAUCAAUAAUCCAAUAAGAAAAUUAAACAAAAAUUUAUUUGAAGAAUACUUACAAGAAAAUAAUGAUUUGAAACUUUCACAGGAGAAUGAAAGUGAAGAAGAAGAUGCUCAAGAUGCAAUGUUGAUUAAAAUAAAACAACAGAAUCAAUUGAAAGAUAUAAAAGCACCAAUUGAUUGGGAAUUUGAUGAAAACUUACCAUGGCAAUUAGAUUUAAAUGUUAAUGAUUGGGUUGAAGAGAAAUUAAUACAAGAUAUAGUUAAUAUCGAUGACGAUGAAAAAUGGGUUUAUGAUUUCAUGAAUAUCGAUCCAAAUGAUCGAUCAAACCAAUUAUUUAGAAGAAGAAGAUGGAUUAGAAAUUGUAAAAGAAAACAAUCAAUCUAUUCCACUGAACGUUUAAGUAAAUCUUUUUCAAGCUUUUUAAUGUAA